AUGGUUUUAGUGAUCAUUGUUGUUUUUCUCAUAAUACGGCGGAAGCAUGUAAAACUAGCAGUUCCAGUUGAUACUUGGGUAGGUGUUGCUUGGAGAGUAACUUCAAACAAUGAGCUUUUGCGGGGAACGGAUUCUUUUAGCGAGACAAAUCUACUUGGAAGAGAAAGCUUUGGUUCGGUCUUCAAAGGAGCAUUUUCUGAUGGGAUGAAUUUUGCAGUUAAGGUGUUCAAUGUAGAGUUAGAAGGAGCUAACAAGAGCUUCGAAACAGAAAGUAGAAUACUUAGCACCAUUCGACACAGGAACUUAGUUCGAUUGUUGAAUAUCUCAAUAGAUGUUGCGUUAGCUCUGGAAUAUCUUCACCAUGGCAACACAUUCCCAAUCGUGCAUUGCGAUAUAAAGCCAAGCAAUGUGUUGCUCGAUGAAGACAUGACCGCUCGUGUUGCUGAUUUUGGUAUUGCGAAGCUUUUUGUGGAAGAGGAAGCUAUGGUUCAAACUAAAACCUUGGCUACGGUCGGUUAUGCAGCACCAGAGUAUGGAUCGGAAGGGAAAGUGUCGACGAGUGCUGAUGUAUACAGUUUUGGAAUAUUGUUGUUGGAGAUGUUCACAAGAAAGAAGCCUACAGAUGAUAUGUUCAAUGAGGAGAUGAGCUUGAAGGAGGGGGUAAGUGGAGCAUUAGAAGCAAAUGGCAUCAAUCAAGCAUGAAGAUGGUCAUUUCAGCAAGAAGCAUAAUUGGAUAGUAUCAGUAUUUGAAUUGGCAAUGAA